AUGUGGCAAGUGGUGGCAAUAUCUGUUACUGAGCAAGAAUUUGAGUGCUUUGUUUCUGCUUGGACUGAUCGUUAUUUUCACCUUGGUAACAAGGUAACUUCACAAGUAGAAGCUGCACAUGCCAUCCUUAAAAGGUGUCUCGAGUCAGUCCAUCACAAAAUUGUAUUACAAGUAGAGUCUCAGGCAAGAGAAAUGCGUGCAAUAAUUUCUUCUCAGCAUAUCAAAAUCUGUGAUGAGUGGAUAAAAGCAUCAACUGCAACUUUAGAUUCUUCUCUAAGACCUUGCACAAGAACUCUUAGAACCACAAUGAGGCUUCCAUGUUCACAUGUAAUUAGUAAAUGUCUAGCAGCUAAUCAACCAUUACAACUGGUUGAUAUCCAUGAACAUUGGUGGAUUCAAGGACGUCGAAUAGAAUUUCUGAAACCUACCUAUCUUGUAAAUGAUGAUUGCACCGAUCUACAGCCCCUUCUACAAUCUCUUAAGCGAAUGUACCAAUUUUGGCCACCAAACCAACAAUCUACUAUCUGUUCCCAACUAGAAAAUUUGGUGAAUACUCCACCAAUUGUGUUAGAAAAUCCUGUUACCCAUUAG